AUGUGUGUGCGUACAUGCACCCAGAAGGAGGAGGUCGAGGACCACGUGGCGUUCCUCAUAACGGUCCCCACUGCCCUGGCCAUCUUCUUUGCGAUCUUCGUCCUCGUCUGCAUCGAGGCCGUGUUCAAGAAGCUGCUCCGUCUCUUCUCCCUGGUGAUCUGGGCAUGCCUCGUCGCCAUGGGCUACCUGUUCAUGUGCUUUGGGGGCACCAUCUCCCCUUGGGACCAGGUGUCUUUCUUCCUCUUCAUCAUCUUCGUGGUGUACACCAUGCUGCCCUUCAACACGCGGGAUGCUGUCGUCGCGGGCACCCUCACCUCCGCCUCGCACACCAUCACGCUCAGCGUCUGCCUGUCUGCGAAGCCGGAGGCCAGGGAGCACCUGGUCUGGCAGAUACUGGCCAAUGUCAUCAUCUUCAUCUGUGGGAACCUGGCAGGUGCCUACCAUAAGCACCUUAUGGAGCUGGCUCUGCAGCAGACCUACCAGGACACCUGCAACUGCAUCAAGUCCCGCAUCAAGCUGGAGUUUGAAAAGCGUCAGCAGGAGCGUCUUCUGCUCUCCCUGCUGCCAGCUCACAUCGCCAUGGAAAUGAAAGCCGAGAUCAUCCAAAGGCUGCAGGGCCCCAAGGCGGGCCAGGUGGAGAACACCAACAACUUCCACAACCUGUACGUCAAGCGACACACCAAUGUCAGGCAGCACUUUGGGUCACGUGUCGGAAACCACCCACUGGACACGGCAGCUACGGAACGCCGCUCGCUUCCAGCCACUGGCCUCGUCAGCGGAGCAGAAGUUCUCCACCGUAACCCGUAUGAUGUCCCCAUGGGCCAGCACAAUUUUCAGAACCGCACUUUAAGAACAAAGUCACAAAAGAAAAGAUUUGAAGAAGAAUUGAAUGAAAGGAUGAUUCAGGCCAUCGAUGGAAUCAAUGCUCAAAAGCAGUGGCUCAAGUCGGAAGACAUUCAGAGAAUCUCGCUUCUGUUCUAUAACAAGACACUAGAGAAAGAAUACCGAGCCACAGCCCUGCCGGCGUUCAAGUACUACGUGGCCUGUGCCUGCCUCAUCUUCGGCUGCAUCUUCCUCGUGCAGACCCUGGUGUUGCCCAAAACGACCGUCCUCGGCGUUUCCUUUGGAGUUGCGUUUCUCUUGCUCACCUUCAUCCUGUGUGUCUGCUUUGCUGGGCAGCUUCUGUUUUUCCUGAGUGAUUCAGAAGAGGCUAUCCUUCCAACUGCCAACAUAUCAAACUCAAGUUUCCCUGCCCGGAGUGAUCAUGCGGCCAUUCUUCGUGCACAGAAGCUGUUUUUCCUGCCG